AUGUCGGACGAUGAGCUGGACCCUGGCCUGCGCGGGUAUUCGGACAGCGGCUCCGAUUACCAUGACCUCCCGGAGCCGCCGCUCCCCGAGGAGGUCCGAAAAACGAUCCGGGAGGCGGCUCCCACAGGCGUCCUCACCUUGAAGCGCCCCACGGAGGGUGACAUGGUGAAAGUCCGAUGCGUGGGGCCACUUGCGCCCGCGUUGGCCGAGCUGGAGGACGAACAAGGUCAUAUCAGCCUCGACCUCGGCUCGGGACGCUUCCCCAGGCUCGAGGCGGCAGUCAGCACCAUGCGCCUCGGUGAGGUGGCGAAGUUCCACUUCGGACAGAGCGUAGAGGGCGACGGCCUGCCGACGUCUUUGGAGCUGACGCUGGCGGACUGGACCCCAAGGGUGGAUUUGUUUCAGGACGGGCGCGCCGUCAAGAGCUUGCUGCACCGGGGUGACGACCGCCGCAGGCCCAUCAUCGGGCAAGUGUGCCUCGUGCGCUGCGCCCUGCAUAGCGAGGAGGGAGGUGCCCAGCUUUGGACGCGGGACGAGCUCGAACAUGUCAUUGAGGACAUGCCGCCACUGGAAAGCUCACAUCGCUUCGAAUUCGGCAUCAAGGAGGGAUGGAAGCUCAUGGACAAGGCGCUCUUGUCCAUGCGCCGGGGCGAACGCUGCCAGGUGCGCGUGGACGCGGCCCUGCUGUGCCAGGGGGCACCCAAGGGGCUCCUUCCCACAGCUUUGGAAGGCCCCUCACAGCUUCCCCUAAACCCUGAACCCUAA